GAAAAAAAAAUGCAGUUACAAAAAGAUGGCGGGCGGUGAAGUUGAACUCGCGCAAUCUGCUGCCCCUGGUGGCGAUACUAUAUUUGGGAAGAUUCUGAGGAAGGAAAUACCUGCUAAGUUUGUCUACGAAGACGAACAGUGCGUUGCCUUCCACGAUGUGAACCCACAAGCGCCGACGCACAUCCUGGUGAUCCCUCGCAAGCCGAUCGCACAGCUGUCCAAGGCCGACGAUGAGGAUGAGCAGCUUCUAGGUCACCUCAUGAUCGCAGCACGCAAGGUGGCGGCCCAAGAAGGCCUGGACAAGUCGGGCUUCAGGCUGGUCAUCAACGACGGCAAGCACGGAGCACAGAGUGUCUACCACCUCCACCUGCAUAUCCUGGGCGGACGUCAGCUGGAAUGGCCCCCUGGCUAAUAUGUAAUGAAUGAGACUGUAACUUGGGUUGCAUUACUUGCAUUUGAGCGUUCGAAAUAAAGUUGUUUUCUUUUUUA